ACUCGUAGAAGCGUGGCCAGCGCGGAGCGGAAGCUGGUGCUCGUGUUUUGGGGCUUGUUGAACAGAGAGGCGAGUUCAUGACAUUGAAGGAAGGGCCACAGAGCAGCAGCCUUUCUAAUUGGGAAGCGCAUUACAGCGGUGAAGUUCCUCACCAUGUGGCCUGUGUUCUGGACUGCAGCCCGCGCCUACGCCCCCUACAUCACGUUCCCCGUGGCCUUCGUGGUCGGGGCGGUGGGGUACCACCUGGAGUGGUUCAUCCGCGGCACCCCCCCCCCUCCCGCGGACGAGCAGAGCGUGGCGGAGCUGCGAGAGGACCGGCGCCUGGAGGAGUUGAGCGGGGGCGACGGCACUCGGGUCACCAGCCUCAAAGACAGGCUGGAGUUCACACCGAAAGCUGCUCUGAACCGGAACCGUCCCGAGAAGAGCUAGGGGAACCGGGCUGGACCGGGGAGAACUGCAAGUGUGGCAUCACUGUGGAAUGUGGGGAGAACAUUUCUUCUCUGGGGAAAACAAACCCAGGCUGCGAUGAAGGGAAUAGCCAGUGCGCUGUUUCCAGGAUGCAUGAGUCAUUUUCAGAGCCUUGAUUAUUGUUCUGUUAAACGCUGUCUGCCCACAUUCACGAAGGAGGUCCCCCGGUAAGCAGGACUCCCCUGCAGUCACUUUGCUAUGUUCAGAUGACUUCUCCCCAAAGGAUGCAAGUGCUGAGUGGAGCAUCCUGCCAUUGAAUAAGCCAGCCUGCUCUGCGUUGAUGAAAGCUACCAAGUACUGCAAGAAACAGAGGCGAACAACAGACACGCCUGCUGGCAUUACAGGUGUUCUGGAAAGAAAUAUGAAAUAAAAGCAGUUUAUAAAGAAA